AUCGAACAAACGGCUAAAAUUAACGAGUCACUCAGAAAAACGAAUCAUGACUCUCGAGUCAGUAGAAAGAGUCGUUCAAAAAGAACCAAUCGUUCGCGAACUGGCGCCAGGCUGUCGUCACCGUCACGGCUCUCGUUGAUAGGCACUGGCGUUUCGUCGCUGGCUGGGCUGGAGCGAAACUGGGUUCAUCUACAGCAUGUGGCAACAGAGAGCGAGAGACAGGACGGCGAGACCACAGAGACUCGAGGAACUUCGGGCCAAUUUGCUAAAUGGAAAGAGAAAUAGACGAGCGCUGUCCAAACUAACUUAAAUAAAGGGAAAGCGAGGAUUGUGAAGUGGACGACGCAGAACACUAAAGAUUCCAGAGGCGAAUGACCAUUGAAGGGCCCUCUCCAUGGAUAUAGACACAGACUAUGAAAGGCCCAAUGUGGAAACUAUUAAAUGUGUGGUGGUAGGGGACAAUGCAGUGGGCAAAACCAGGCUCAUCUGUGCCCGCGCCUGCAAUGCUACCCUCACACAGUACCAGCUGCUCGCCACCCACGUGCCAACUGUCUGGGCCAUUGACCAGUACCGUGUGUGCCAGGAGGUGUUGGAGAGGUCACGGGAUGUUGUGGAUGAGGUCAGUGUGUCCCUGAGACUAUGGGACACCUUCGGUGACCAUCACAAAGACAGACGCUUCGCGUACGGCAGGUCUGACGUGGUGGUGCUGUGUUUCUCCCUGGCCAACCCCAACUCCCUGCGCCACGUCCGCACCAUGUGGUACCCUGAGAUUAAGCACUUCUGCCCCCGCACCCCUAUCAUCCUGGUGGGCUGCCAGCUGGACCUGCGCUACGCCGACCUGGAGGCUGUCAACCGCGCCCGCAGACCCCUGGCCAAACCCAUCAAGCCUACAGACAUCCUACCUCCAGAGAGAGGCCACGAGGUGGCAAAGGAGCUAGGCAUUCCCUACUUCGAGACCAGCAUCGUGGCCCAGUUUGGGGUAAAGGAUGUGUUCGACAAUGCUAUCCGUUCUGCCCUUAUCUCCCGCCGCCACCUCCAGUUCUGGAAGUCCCACCUGAAGAGAGUCCAGCGGCCCCUCCUCCAGGCCCCSUUCCUGCCCCCRCGMCCCCCMCGCCCUGUGGUMGGCAUCCCRGACCCCCCUCCCAUCGACGGAGAYGCCCCRGACUCCCUCRUCUGCCAGRCGCUYUGCGCRGARGUCCUCUUCCUKCUCCAYGGCGGSGCCACGCGRGUCUUCGCACACAAAGUCUACCUGGCCACCUCCUGCUCCAAGUUCUACGACCUCUUCACCCUGGAUCUGCUGGCCAUCGAGGCGGAUUGGGAAGGAGAGGAGCACGCCGAGAGCGGUGAGGAGGAUGAACAGAGUAGGAGAGGUGCCAAAGAGCAGGCAGGGCGUACUAAGAGCUUGGACAUCGAUAAGGAGGGGGAGGGGGGCGCCAGGGGACUCAAACGGCCACCCAUGCUCCAGCAGGGCUCCCUGAGGACUUCCAAAAGUGAUAACGCCCUCCCCGCCAGGAGCCAGUGCCCUCUGGGGCCCCUGGGAGCCGGCCGUGGCCUCUCGGGAUGGGGGAGGGGCUUCCUGAGUGUGUACCUGGAGCACAUAGCUGACCCUGAGACGGGGCGACUUCGCCUCAUGACUGUGGUCUCCAUGGACGGCCUCAUACAGGAAGAACCCUUCCAGGCGGUGCUGCAGUACCUGUACACAGGCAGUCUGGACGAGAGCCGAGGGGACCUGAUGCAGGUGGCCACCAUCGCCGAGCUGCUGGAGGUGUUUGACCUGAGGAUGAUGGUGGCCAACGUGCUGAACCGUGAAAGCUUCAUGAACCAGGAGAUCACCAAGGCCUUCCAUGUCCGCCGAGCCAACCGCAUCAAAGAGUGCCUCAGCAAGGGUACCUUCGCCGAUGUGGUGUUCCACCUGGACGAUGGAUACCUGCCGGCCCACAAGCCCCUGCUCAUCUCCAGCUGCGACUGGAUGGCGGCCAUGUUCCGGGGAUCCUUCAUGGAGAGCUACAUCGAGGAGGUGUCCAUCCCUGACACCAGUAGCUCCUGUAUGCGUGCAGUGUUGGAGUUCAUGUACAGUGGGCUGCUUUCGCCCUGUCCUGACCUGGAGCCUAUUGAGCUUAUCGUCCUAUCCAACCGGCUGUGUCUGCCACGCCUUGUUGCCCUCACAGAGCAGCAUGCUGUGAAUGAGCUGCUCCAGUGGGCGAUGAAGGGAGUGGACAUCGACGGACAGGUGCUGGCUUACCUGGAGUUGGCUCAGUUCCACAAUGCCAAGCAGUUGUAUGCCUGGUGUCUCCAUCACAUCUGCACCAACUACAACAGCGUCUGUCGCAAGUUCCCUAAAGACAUGAAGGUCAUGUCUCCAGAUAACCAGAGGCACUUUGAGAAGCAGCGGUGGCCUCCAGUGUGGUUCCUGAAGGAGGAGGACCGCUACCUGCGCUCUCAGAAGGAGCGCGAGCGCGAGGAGGAGAUCCUACGCAAGCUGCGCACCAAGAGAGGCUGGUGCUUCUCGAGACACCCGUCCUCCUCGCCCCACGUCUCCUGAGGCUGUCACCCCUCCAUGACCCCUCCUGCUUCUGACCUCUCACCCCUCAACCCAGACUAAGGAAGCCAGCUAUGAGUCUAGCACCUCUCCAUGACGGGAGAGCCAAGUCUACCUUCUGUACGAUUGUGUGUGGGUUUGGGUGGGUGGUUAUAGGCCAGGCUUGGGCAGUUCUCUGUGCCCAAGAUGGUCUCACCUCGCUGGGCCUCAGUGACCAGUCCAGUGCUGCCUCCUCCCCCUGAGAUCCACCCACCAGCCUGGGGGUGACGAGACUGGGAACAAAAGGGCUCUCUCUCUCUGCCCCUCAGUCACACAGAAGCUAAAGACCAUUCCACAGACCACUGCUAAGACUCCCCUAUGGGGAGGUUACCUCUGCCUUCACGUCUAUUAGACUGUUAGCGCACUGGACAAGACCAGCAGCCAGGGGGCGCCAGCUCUGCUUCGACACACACGGAAGGAUGCUUUGUUUGGUUUUAUUUCGCUUAGGGAUUUGACAUGAGAGUAGAGCCCAUCCCAGAGUUGGGUGUUUUGCCUCAGAGUCUCUGACCACCACCUAUGCCUGUCUGACUUCUCUUCCACAGACUUUGUCCUCCACUUUGGACAGGUUUGACACCAUUUUUGUUUUCUCCCGGGUUUCAUCCCACUGAAGCUCCAUGUUGGAGGUUUGAAUCCCAAAUGUUGCCCUAGACUGUUCUAGAAUCAGCUGUGCAAGGGAGGGGCAGUAGACGUGGUAGUCUGGGUUUAGGUACCUGCUCAAGCAAAGGUGGUGGUUUGCGGUUCAAGUACCCAUCGUGAUCCCCCACAUAACACCAAGAGGAGAGGCCAACAGUGCUGAACAAAUCCCCCUCAAUGACAUUCAAAGUGAACACUUGAUAGCAAUUCUGGAUCAGAGGGCUUUUUUAUACCACUGCCAUGGGAGGGAGUAAGAAGCCGAACUGAACAGAUUUCUUCUUGCUCUGUCUUAAUUGACCACUAGGGUGCCGCUCAGCCAGCCUGCCUUAACUCCCCCGUACCACAGGGGGCAGCACUGCUCAGGGUUCCAUCAUCAACCCUCACCGGGAGCAAACAGGAGUUUUCUCCCCUGCCUGCAUAUAUCCUUAAUUCUAGUUUCUUUUAACUUUAUUUUAUUACAGCUGUAUUUGAAAGUCAACUGUAGUCUUUUGUCCUCAACUGAGUGUUGAAAGCACAUGUAUUAUACCAAAAAAUGAAGCUGGGGACAUGUUCUCUCCCUUGUGUCUCCUUGCCAUCCUCUCCUUGCCUCCUCCAUAACAUGGCAAAUAUGGGGAGGAAGGGAAUACGGUAUUAGGAAUAGAGGAAGAUAACUUUUUGAUCCCCCUCAGCAUGUUUUUAUAAAGCUGCAAUGUCAGGUAAAACCCAGGUGUCACUGCAGGACUUCUACUCCUUUAGCUGGAAUUGAAAAUGGUACUCAGGAUGUCCACUAAAAUGACAGUAUGUUUAUGACACACACACUUUAAACAUACAUACAUACACACACAAAAUUUACACUUGUACCUGUCUUUUCGGUCCACACUUUUUGGGGGGUUUAUGUCUGCCCAGUCCUUCGUCAGUGUUAAUAUACGGAAAUCUUUCAAUCUACACAUAUAGUGUUACGUUCAGAUGUGAUGCACUAGGGUUAUUUUUUUCUUAUUCAAAGGUGUCUAAUAGAUUUUAGGUUAGUGAAUAUAUUCAUAGUAUUAUGAAUUUCAAUGUUGGUCUUUUCAGUAUGAGUAGAGCUACGCUUAAAAGUUGAAUCUUUCCAUCUAUUUAACCACAUGCUGUCGUUUUCAAUGCUGUAUCAGACCAAAUAUUUCACUUGCUUUCAAUUUCUUGCGCUGCAGAGUGCAGUUCUGUUUUCAUUGUGAGGGAGUGUGCCGUUUCAGCCAUUUGUUCACAAAGGGAAUGUGUAGCUCCAUCUUUCAGUUGAAUGCUAUGGAGUUGGAUUUUGGACGGCUGCGAACAUCUUAAUAACCCACUGUGCCUUCAAGAUCUUAAUCAAUCCAAGACAUUGUGUAUUACAACAGGCAUGUUGGAAGAAGAAAACAAUAACUAACAAAGCAUUAUUACUCUAUUUUAUUGCCGCCUUUUUGCACAAAAGUGGUAGUUAUGUGAAAAGAGGAGACUUUGUGACACGUUUUUCUUUACCACCGUCGUUCUAUUUGUGGAUUUGAGAUUUCCACCCCCCGGCUUUACCCAGGUGACUGUGGGAGAUAGAUGGAUAGCGUGAAGUGUGGCUCUUUUUUUUAGCUUUUCUUCACGGGACGCGUGUUCUAGUCAUCAACAGCUACUGAAAUAGCUAUGCGAUAGGAUCUCACGAGACCCAAGUGAGAAUUGGGCUGAUUUUUACCCCCCCAAAAAACCUGCAAACCUGCAUAUUUGGAAGUGGAACACGGAAAUAGUCCUUACGCCCCUAUUUCGGACUAGGAUAUUGGAACAUUAAUCUGGGGUUGACAUGGGGACAUAGAGAUAUUUGACUUCCAUGACACCUUUCAAUGCCCCAAGGAUGAGCUAUUAAAGUUGUCUUACUAAUGGUAGACAUGCCCUACAAAGCCUUCCCUCAUGGAAGUGCACAUCCACUAUUAGGAAGCGGAGUACAGUGUAAGGUAGUGGUAUACAGUUGCAGACAGGUUCUGCAAAGGAUAAUAGUAGAGCUGAUUGAUUCAGUCUCUGGUAAUGCUUACACACCCAGUCUCACCCACCCAGGCCAGAGAGGCAGGUCUCUCCCUCGUCUUCCUCCCACGUCUGAGUCUCCCUCCGGGGCUGCAGACCCCAGCGGUGCUCCCGGAGAGUCUCUGGGUCUUCGGGGUGGUCAGUGAAAACACAGGCCGUACGUUAGUAGGUGAAGGGGCUGUCAGUAUUGUAAGUUCUCUCAGACUGUUUCUGUUUGGGGAAACUGAUUUAGUCUGCCACUACAAACCAGCAGAUUACCCUCUGUAAUGCCCUAGUGACCAAGGUUUAGACACCUGUGAUCUAGGGGAUACUAAAGCUUACUAUGAGAAUACUGGUUGCCUUGUGUGAAUGCUGUUCAACACUUGUGGGAUGUGGUUAUUAUUUUUGCGUCAUGGUCUAAUUUUGGUUUUGUAAUGGCACUUUUCGCAGGUUUUCAGUGUCGGAUUGCACUCUCCUUCCUUUUGUGUCUUUUUAGCUCUGACUUUUUGUGCUUGGCGUGGACAAUUCUUUAACGAGGUUGUUUAAAAAAAUUAAAAAAAUAUAAAAAAAAGUGAUAUUUUGUAGCAUGGGGAUCUUCCUUUCUCCCUUACCUGUCCAUGUGGCUUUCUGGGCUUUAUUGAGUGUGUAUCUGUCUCGUCAUGCUCACAUGCAAAGGUCAAACUGUGCUCAGCUGUAGUAUCGUAAUAUUAGUGGCUCAAAUGGAAGCCUCUGUCUAUUAUGUGUGACGCCUCUCAAGUCAAUCAUACUAUUGUAAUUGUAUAUAAUAUUAUCAUCAUACGUUCAGUUGGGUUGAGUACAGCCCAAAUGUAACAUCAUUGGGAUCUCAUCACAGCAUUGAGGGGUACACAGGAAUAUGUGUACAUGUCAAUAACUAAUGACAAUAGUUAUGGACGUUAGCAAGAUGUGUUGCUUCUUGUACCGUGUUAAAGCAGUAUUUUACCAGGUGUGGGACCAUGGUUUCCACAGGAUUUGACAUCUCGGGUGCUAGUACAGUACGUAGUUUGUGCUCACGUUCUAACACUAUGAAUUCAUACACCUUGGGAAUGUCCUAUUUAUAAAUCGGGCAGCCUUGGGAGCUACAGUGAGAGGAAUGUUUUGAUUGGGCUGAAAUGCAUGUAUGCACAAGGAAACAAAUUACCGUUUGGCUUUGAACAGCUAUCAAUAGUUGACCCACAUUGCCCCCUAUUGGCCUAUUUCUGUAACUAUAAUUUGAAACAUAACGUUAACUCCAGACUCUUUUGAUGUCACUUUCACAUCACCUUAAUUUGUAUCAGCUCAAGAGUGUAGUAUUGGCCAAAGAAAACAUGAGUAUUGCUGAGAAUUUGAAGAAUAUUUUCGAACAUGCCGCUUACUGACAGAGAACCCCUUGUUGUUUUUGUUUGCCCCUAGUCUGGCGUCUCCUGUGCCUUUCGAGAUAACCUCGUGCUGUUGCCUGUCUCCCUGAGCCCUCCUGUAGAGCCUCUAGCGGUCAAACAGGGAAAUGGUUCCAAUUGUUUUUUCCACCAUUCAUUUUUCUGUUCAGGAAUUUUAGAAACACUUAAAAUAAGGGCUGUGUUUUGUUUAGGCUUACCCUGCCUUGGCGUUUUGAUAACCAUGUAAAUAUCUGUCGGACAAGGUAACAUUUAUCACUAUAUUUAGCUCUGUUUACUUUCAGACUCGAAAAUUCUAAUCAGCAUCAAAGUAGACAUCAUGCAAGACUACAAAUCCCUGCAAGCUCAUGCACGUCAUCUGUAACUGACACCUUUGCUAACUGGUUUUGUGUCAAUUUAAAACAUGCACAAGACAGUUUACAUAAUACAUAACAUGGUAAAAAUUGAAUGGUGGAAAAACGAUUAUGACUCAUACCAUGGUACUCUAUAGGCUUACUGUACAUAUGAGGGGCCUCCAAACCACUGCCUUCUGGGUUCAGGUUGGCACCCACCAUGCAGGCUAAAAACACAUGCGCACACACAUUUGACGAGGCAGGUUUCCUCCUUGUCUCUUAGUGCCUGUGGAUUGACCAAUGAUUCCGCCAUCCUAUGCUGUGUACCAAAGGGGCUAUAUGUUGUUGAGGCCUACAGUAGUCUACAGUAGCUGUGGCGUACACAGUGCAUAAGGCCCCUGACUUGGAGCUUGACAAAUAUGUCACCCAAACCUUGUCGUCACAUCAUCCAAACCAAGCUAGGCUGUAGAUAGUAAAUUGUUGAGAAGACAUUGAGAACCAACAGAUUUCAGGUUCAUGAACACACGGAUCUUUUGCACGUGGCAGUCUGUCGAGGCAUGCACUUUCUGUUUAUUAUGUAGCCUUAAGUUUACACUGUGUGUGUACUAAUGGAUUAUUAAACCAAGUUUUACCAGCUUGCCUCAGCAGUCACAAAUGGCUUCAACCCAACUCUGGCUCCUGCUCUCGCUCUCUCUCUCUCUCCUUGUGGCAGAGAUGGCACUAGUGUGGAUGAAUAUGUAUGAACGUUCCAAUUUGUAAGUCGCUCUGGAUAAGAGCGUCUGCUAAAUGACUUAAAUGUAAAUGUAGAACUGGGCUAUUCAUUAGAGAUGUUGUGAACCUUCCCAAGGUGUAGGGCGGGGAGUCCCACCAAUAAAGAAGGGGACAGCAUCCACAACAUGUGAUGUUGAGCACUACAGUGUCUACCAUUUUUUUACACAAAAUGGCGGAACUGCUCCUCUGCCGCAAUGAUACUCUACAGUUAAUUUUGUAAACCUAAUCUCCACUUGUUUGACCCAAAACUGUGUGUUACGCCGUGUUCACUUGCUAGUCGGAACUCGGAAACUCCGAAAUGUCCGACUUGCUAACUUGUGGAACGGGGCACGUGUAUAACUACAACCAGUUAGCAAGUGGCACAUUUUAGAGUUUUAAUAGUUCCAAUGAGCACAUGAAGGCGUCAUUAGCCCAGGACAGAGAGAGCUGGGAGGGGGAGGGACAGAAGCCUUGGUAGGUUGUAGGUGUAUCUCUGCUCUGUGACAUUUUCAGUGUGACUUAUACAUCGUAUUAAUAUGCACUUUUGCUUCCCUCUUCUCAUUUCAAAUGAAUAUUGGUAUUAACUGCUUGUGUUAAUAUGUUUAUGAAACUGAAAAAGCACACAGACACACACAACACACCACAUACACACAAUAUUAAGGGCUUUUUUAAAAGACAACAAUCAGAAUGUUUUGCUGCUUUUGCAAAAAUGUUUUGAAUAAUCCUUUGUAAUAUUUUUUAACCACUGAUUUGUAAAAAAUGAAAUGAAAAAGGAAACAAAGUAUAAUUUUUUUGCCGUUUCAGUAUUUUAAUGUUUCACCUGGCUUUUAAUUAAACCCUAAGAAAAUAUG